AUGCCUGAUUCAAUAACAGAAUCUUUACUGCCAAAUGAAAACAGAAUGGGCUCGAGAUCAUGUAGUACUGAUUCCUCAUCGGUAGAAGACCUUGAAGUUGGGAAGCACUACACAUUGGAGUAUGGUUCAACGUCACCUUCUGGCUCUUUCAGUUCGUUAGAUACCGUAACAGCAUUCGAGACAAGACAGUCCAUACAAAAGAACACCAUAGAUGUACCACAAGGUAGACAUUUGGGUGUAUUUUCUACAAUGAUUCUUUUCAUUUCAAGAAUAUUAGGAUCAGGCAUCUUUUCUGUGCCGAGUGCCAUGUACGUAAACUGUGGUGGAAAUACCUUACUUUAUUUCUUAAUUUGGUCCUUAACAGCCAUAUUUGUCAUUCUCUGGAUUAUAUUUAUUUCUGGAAUUUGGUGCUUGGUUACCAAAUACAGGGGGAAGAAGAAUUUCUUAGAACAAACAUAUGAUAGACCAAGAUUAAUGAUGGGUGUGACGUUUGGUAUUUACACAGUACUGUCAGGAAUGUCCUUAUCUAGUGCAAUAGUAUUUGGAAAAUAUAUCCUAUAUGCUUUAGGAUUUGAUCACCAUAUAGCUGAAUCAUAUUGGUGUAAAUUAAUUAGCAUCUUCAUUGUGAUUGCGGCAGUGUUGACUCAUGGUUUAUCAAUUAAACGCGGUGUUCAAAUACAAAAUGCACUAGGUUCAAUGAAAUUGAUUUUAAUCAUGUUGAUGUAUUGUACUGGUCUAUAUGCUUUAUUGUUUUAUUCCCCUUCAGAAUCAUAUAAUACAGCAUGGAAUUCAUCCUGGACUAGCUUCCAAGAUAAAAACAUGAUAUCUACAUCUUCUAUUGCAGCAGCUUUCAUUAGUUCAUUUUUCUGUUUUUCUGGUUGGGAUAGUGUUCAUGCAGUCACUUCAGAAAUUAAAAAUCCAACAAGAACUUUGAAAAUUGCAGGACCCUUAUCCUUGUUUGUUUGUCUCAUUUGUUAUUUAUUAAUGAAUGUUGCUUAUUUAAAACUUUUGACCUACGAGGAAAUUAAAAAUGCAGGACCAUUGGUUGGACAGGUAUUAUAUACUAAAUUGUUUGGUGCUGAAUUAGGUGGUAGGUUGGUUUCGUUAUCAAUCGCAUUAUCGUCUGUUUCAAAUAUGCUAGUCGUCAUUUAUGGUACUUCAAGAAUGAAUCAAGAAGUUUUUAAAGAGGGAUACUUACCAUAUAGCAAACUUUUCCUAAAAGAAAUAUAUGGAAAUCCAACAUUCCCUGCCAUUUUAGUUUGCGGUGGCCUUACAGCUAUAUGGAUUCUGAUUUUACCUAGUCAAGGCCCCUCGUUUGAUUAUUUAAUUUCUAUGGAAGGAUGGGGUAAUCAAGUGUUCUUACUACUAAUUGCAAUUGGGCUUUUCAUUUACAGAUAUCGUCAUAGAAAUGAUGAUGCUGAAGACAAACCAACAAUAAAGGCUUCACCUAUUGGUGUUCUAGGUAUCAUACUAGUUUCCUCAUAUAUGGUUAUUGCUCCAUUUAUUGGUGAUCAGUCGAAUAAUAGUGUGGGCUUUUUACCUCCAUACCAAGUGACUUCACUCUUAAUCAUAUCAUUGUGUUUCUUCGUAUGGUUAGUCAGAUUUUCCAUUUUGCCAUGGCUUUUCAAUUAUACUUUGAAGCCAAAAUUAUUAUUCUUGAAAGAUGGGUUGUUAGUGACGCAAUGGGUUAAAAAGUACUCAUAUUAG